CACUUCCGGGUGUUGCCUGCUCUGAAUCACGCGCAUUUUCGCCGCUGCAGCACCUUCGGCAUCCCGGAUACUCACCAGUCGGUGAUCACCAGCAGCAUCAGGUUUUAGAUGUCUUUUAGAUAUCUAGCAGCAACACACCGCUGGAAUCAAGACGGUCGAGGAAAAAGCGCUGCUGAAACACACAACUCUGAAGACAUAUUUUUUAUCGUUACACCCACGUCUCUCUACUGUUGCUUUUUUCCCCCCUUCACAUUUUAAAUGAAUCUUGUAAGAUUUAUGAAUAACAGAGUUCCGUCCAAUAAGAGGUAUCAACCCACAGACUAUGAACAUGCUGCAAACUGUGCUACACACGCGCUGUGGGUAAUCCCCAGCCUAUUGGGUAGCUCUGUGCUGCACUUCCUGUCUGAGGACCAAUGGGAGCGCGUCUCAGCCUGGCUCUAUGGGGCGGGGCUCACCUCCCUCUUCCUCAUCUCUACUCUGUUCCACACGGUGACCUGGAAGAAAAGCCACCUACGGUCUGUGGAGCACUGUUUCCACAUGUGUGACAGAAUGGUGAUCUAUUUCUUCAUAGCAGCCUCCUACGCCCCCUGGUUGAACCUGCGGGAGCUGGGACCCUGGACCUGUCACAUGAGGUGGUUGGUCUGGGUGAUGGCCUCUGUUGGAACCACAUACGUCUUCUUCUUCCACGAGAGGUAUAAGUUGAUGGAACUGAUCUGUUAUACAGUGAUGGGAGUGUUCCCAGCCUUGGUCAUCCUGUCAAUGCCGGACCGCGAGGGGCUGUGGGAGUUGUUAGUGGGCGGUGCCUGUUACUGUCUGGGCAUGGUGUUCUUCAAGAGUGAUGGCCUCGUCCCAUUCGCCCAUGCCAUCUGGCACCUGUUUGUUGCCAUGGGAGCAGGCGUCCAUUACUACGCCAUCUACCGGUACCUCUACACGCCAGCAGCCAAUCAGAUGAAGACAUCCAGAUGACACACGGAGACCGGGGGCGAGGGGUGAUGACAUCACAGGACGUUGAAGGAAGGAGUGGACUUGUGAAGAAGUGAUGUCAAGAAAGGAGGGAUGGAGAGAUGAGAAUAGAACCAUAGCAACGUGGAGAGAUGAGAAUAGAACCAUAGCAACGUGGAGAGAUGAGAAUAGAACCAUAGCAACGUGGAGAGAUGAGAAUAGAACCAUAGCAAUGUGGAGAGGUGACAAUAGAACCAUAGCAACAUGGAGAGAUGAGAAUAGAACCAUAGCAACGUGGAGAGAUGAGAAUAGAACCAUAGCAACGUGGAGAGAUGAGAAUAGAACCAUAGCAAUGUGGAGAGGUGACAAUAGAACCAUAGCAACAUGGAGAGAUGAGAAUAGAACCAUAGCAACGUGGAGAGAUGAGAAUAGAACCAUAGCAACAUGGAGAGAUGAGAAUAGCAACGUGGAGAGAUAUUUUUUACAUUUCACUUUUAUUUAACCAGGUAGGCCAGUUGAGAACAAGUUGAGAACAGUUGAGAACAAGUUCUCAUUUACAACUGCGACAUGGCCAAGAUAAAGCAAGCAGUACGACAAAAACAACAACACAGAGAUGAGAAUAGAACCAUAGAAACAUGGGGAGAUCACUGGUUUAUGUGUCCUGGACAGACUGGAUGUAGAUCACUGGUUUAUGUGUCCUGGACAGACAGGAUGUAGAUCACUGGUUUAUGUGUCCUGGACAGACAGGAUGUAGAUUACUGGUUUAUGUGUCCUGGACAGACUGGAUGUAGAUCACUGGUUUAUGUGUCCUGGACAGACAGGAUGUAGAUCACUGGAUGUUGGUCACUGGUUUAUGUGUCCUGGACAGACAGGAUGUAGAUCACUGGUUGAUGUGUCCUGGACAGACAGGAUGUAGAUCACUGGUUUAUGUGUCCUGGACAGACUGGAUGUAGAUCACUGGUUUAUGUGUCCUGGACAGACUGGAUGUAGAUCACUGGUUUAUGUGUCCUGGACAGACAGGAUGUAGAUCACUGGUUUAUGUGUCCUGGACAGACAGGAUGUAGAUCACUGGUUUAUGUGUCCUGGACAGACUGGAUGUAGAUCACUGGUUUAUGUGUCCUGGACAGACAGGAUGUAGAUCACUGGUUUAUGUGUCCUGGACAGACUGGAUGUAGAUCACUGGUUUAUGUGUCCUGGACAGACAGGAUGUAGAUCACUGGUUUAUGUGUCCUGGACAGACAGGAUGUAGAUUACUGGUUUAUGUGUCCUGGACAGACAGGAUGUAGAUCACUGGUUUAUGUGUCCUGGACAGACAGGAUGUAGAUCACUGGUUUAUGUGUCCUGGACAGACUGGAUGUAGAUCACUGGUUUAUGUGUCCUGGACAGACAGGAUGUAGAUCACUGGUUUAUGUGUCCUGGACAGACAGGAUGUAGAUCACUGGUUUAUGUGUCCUGGACAGACUGGAUGUAGAUCACUGGUUUAUGUGUCCUGGACAGACUGGAUGUAGAUCACUGGUUUAUGUGUCCUGGACAGACAGGAUGUAGAUCACUGGUUUAUGUGUCCUGGACAGACAGGAUGUUGAUCACUGGUUUAUGUGUCCUGGACAGACAUGAUGUUGAUCACUGGUUUAUGUGUCCUGGACAGACUGGAUGUAGAUCACUGGUUUAUGUGUCCUGGACAGACAGGAUGUAGAUCACUGGUUUAUGUGUCCUGGACAGACAGGAUGUAGAUCACUGGUUUAUGUGUCCUGGACAGACUGGAUGUAGGUCACUGGUUUAUGUGUCCUGGACAGACAGGAUGUAGAUCACUGGAUGUUGGUCACUGGUUUAUGUGUCCUGGACAGACAGGAUGUAAAGUUAGUUAUGUAACCCUCCAGUGUAGUGUAGUGUAGUGUGCGUGGUAGAGUAGUCUAGAAAUGACAGAUGGUGAAGGUGUUUCUCCUGAUUGUACUACUAAUACAUUCCAGUCUAGUGCAGGUAUUAUCCUACUACAGCCAUUAUUACUAUUAUUGUUAUUAUUAUUACUAUUAUUAUAAUUACAUUCCAGACUAGUGCAGGUAUUAUCCUACUACAGCCAUUAUUACUACUACCAUAAUUAUUAUUAUUAUACUAUUGUUACUAUUAUUAUUCUUAUUACUAUUACUGUUAUUAUUUGUACUAUUAUUCGUUUUUACUAUUGCUAUUACUAUUAUUAU